UCUCGGCUCGAAGUAUAAAUGAGUCCGCAGCGCGGACGCAAGUCGCCAAAGUUUUCACGGUGCUCGAUCAUGGCACGUCGUGGCUCUCGUUCGUUCAUUCAGAUAUGGGCCUAUCUGGCAUUGGUAGUCGUCACGGUCGCGGCUGACCAAGAGCAAUGCGAUAAAACGAAAUGCCCGGGCCCAUUGGCUUAUUACGAGGCUCUCAAGUGUACGCCGGUGUACGAAAAAGAGGGCGACUGUUGCGCGAUAAAAUACAACUGUGAUCAUCUGAAGGAGAGAUCCAAGACAAAGUGUUACGUCAACAAUAACGUGUACGAGAUCGGAGAGUCUCUCAAGGAGGAGGAUGCGAAUCCGUGCGAUAUUGGCUGCGUCUGUAGCGAAGGAUAUGGCACGGAAGAUAAGACCGCUAGUUUCGUUUGUGCUAUUGUUGAUUGUUUCUUCGGGCCUGUGAAUCCUGGAUGCUACAGAAGAAAAUCCCCGUCAGAUUGCUGUCCGGGAGAGGAAGUUUGUUCUGAGAAUCCCGAAAGUAGACCUACUUGCAAUGUAAAUGGAAAGAUAUAUAAAGACGGAGAGGACUUUACAGUAGAAGACGAGCCGGGUCUGAAUUGCGUAUGUCAACCGGGAUAUGAAGGCAAAAACGUCGAGCCUUUCUGCAAGAGGCCUAAUCGCUCGUAUUGCAGUCCUGAUUUCCGUGAUGCGACCAGCAUUGUUAAUAAAUGCGCUCCGGUUUAUUACUCCAGUCAAUCGCCGCAGACCGAUUGCAGCGUGUUUUCAAGAUGUCAGAAUGCAAAUGACACCGUCAUCCACAACGAAGACAAUUCGAGAUCCACCGAUAAUUCCGCUGAUGCAGACAUGUGUUACUUUGGCAACAAGAGCAUGCAUCGUGGCGAUGAGCUGAAUCAAAGUACGGAUUACAGCUCCGUGUGUGUUAAGUGCGUUUGCGAGGUACCACCUGUGCCCACCUGUCAGCGUUUGCCGGAUAGCGAGUGUGAUGUCACACAGCAUCCGCCAUUUAUUCAAUUUCGUUAGUCCUUUCUGUGAUAAUACGAUUAUGUCCUGUUAUCCGACUCGGAGUCGUGUUGCGAGUUAAUGGUGUAGUGAUAAAUAUGUAAACCUCUAAGCUAAAAUCGUAAUUAAAUCGAUAACUACAUAUGAAGCUCUCAUUAAUUGUAAAACGUUGAUUAUUAAUACAAUUAAAUGCUGAAUUAUUAACACAUAAUAAAGAUGUUUAAAUAAAUGCCUGUGAUAAAA